GAAGUUUACUUGGUUCAAGUAAAGGAUCAGUUUCGGGGUUCAGGCUGUUGUGUCUUGAUGAUUAGAAAUUAGGCUACAAGGAGAAGCCCCCAAAGCCAAGGGCAGUGGACAUAACAGAAAGUUGGAGCUGAACCUGACCUCUAAAGAAUGUGGACCGGAUAUAAGAUCUUAAUCCUUUCUUAUCUUACCACAGAAAUUUGGAUGGAAAAGCAGUAUUUAUCUCAAAGACAAGUGAAUCCAGAAGCUUAUUUGCCAAGGAAUCACACCAUUUUGGAAGGCACUCGAUUCAAAAGAGCUAUUUUCAAAGCGCAAUACUGUAGACAUUUUGGUUGUUGUAAAGACAGAGAUGAUGGCUGUGCCGUUCAGUACUAUGAGAUGGAUGCACUGUGUUACUGUGAUAAAUUCUGUGAAAGGGAAAAUUCUGAUUGCUGUCCUGAUUACAAGCGCUUUUGCUGGGAAGAGGAAGAGUGGUCUGAUCACACACAGCCUUGGUAUCCAGAAGGUUGUCUCAGAGAUGGUCAACAUUUUGAAGAAGGGUCAGUAAUUAAAGAAAACUGCAAUUCCUGCACAUGCUCAGGACAGCAAUGGAAAUGUUCCCAGCAUGUAUGCCUUGUUCGUCCAGAAUUAAUUGAAUAUGUCAAUAAAGGAGACUAUGGAUGGACAGCACAGAACUACAGCCAAUUCUGGGGAAUGACUUUAGAAGAAGGUUUAAAAUUUCGCCUUGGUACCUUGCCACCUAGCCCCAUGCUUCUGAGCAUGAAUGAAGUGACAGCUUCUUUGCCUGCAACAACUGAUCUUCCAGAGUUUUUUAUUGCUUCUUAUAAGUGGCCUGGAUGGACUCAUGGACCACUGGAUCAAAAAAACUGUGCUGCAUCCUGGGCAUUUUCCACUGCAAGUGUGGCAGCUGACCGAAUAGCAAUUCAGUCCAACGGUCGAUACACAGCCAAUCUCUCCCCUCAGAAUUUGAUAUCCUGCUGUACCAAAAACCAUCAUGGAUGCAACAGUGGAAGCAUUGAUAAAGCUUGGUGGUACCUGAGAAAACGUGGAUUGGUAUCCCAUGCAUGCUAUCCACUUUUCAAGGACCAAAAUGCCAACAAUAAGGGCUGCGCCAUGGCAAGUAGAUCUGAUGGGCGGGGAAAACGGCAUGCCACAAAGCCGUGUCCCAACAACAUUGAGAAAUCUAACACGAUCUACCAAUGUUCUCCUCCAUACAGAGUCUCUUCUAACGAAACUGAGAUAAUGAGAGAAAUCAUGCAAAAUGGACCAGUUCAAGCUAUAAUGCAUGUCCAUGAGGAUUUCUUCCAUUAUAAGACAGGAAUAUAUAGACAUGUUACUCGCACAAAUGAAGAAUCAGAAAAAUAUCGAAAGCUUCGGACACAUGCAGUCAAACUCACUGGAUGGGGCACACUGAGAGGAGCACAAGGACGGAAAGAAAAAUUUUGGGUUGCUGCCAAUUCCUGGGGAAAGUCAUGGGGAGAGAAUGGCUAUUUCAGGAUUCUUCGAGGAGUAAAUGAGUCUGACAUUGAAAAGUUGAUUAUCGCAGCUUGGGGCCAAAUGACAAUUUCAGAGGAACCAUAACACAUCAUUAACUUUCCAUAAGGCCAUGCAUUUAAGUAACCUUUUAAACUGAAGUUUAGCAAUAUGAAAUUCUCAGUGCAAGUGGAGUCUUUGUUUUUUCACCCUGUCAUUAUAAUGUAUCUGUUUUCUUGUUUUACCCCAGGCUCCAUACGACUGCUUCCUUUAUAUUAUUGAGUAUAUGAAACAC